UAUCUUAACUGCCCAUGAAGUCAAUGACCACAGCAUUCAAAUCAUAUCUUUAAACUUUUUUUUUUUUUUUUAAUCUCAGAGACUGAAAGGAGCCUCCCCCAGCUCGUCUUUCCCUCCCUUCAGGACUCCCACCAGGACCCAGGAUUCCUUUCGGCAGCUGCACCACCAACUGAAAAUGAAAACUGAAAAGAGGGAUUAAAUCCUGAGGUAUUUGUAUAAUCUGGAACAAAGAUGACUUCUUCAAAAGAUGUCCUAAGAAAAAAUCUGAAGCUAAUCCAUGGCUGUCCCAUCACCUAUGCUUUUGCAAACAACUGGGAAAAGAUUGAACAGUUCCAAAGCAGACCAGAUGACAUCGUGAUAGUCACCUACCCCAAAUCAGGUACCACAUGGAUCAGUGAAAUUGUGGACAUGGUUCUACAUGAUGGGGAUGUUGAAAAAUGUAAGCGAGAUGUUAUAACUGCUAAAGUUCCAAUGUUGGAACUGGCUUUUCCUGGACUAAGGACUUCAGGUUUAGAACAACUGGAGAAGAAUCCAUCACCCCGGGUUGUGAAAACACAUCUGCCAAUUUAUCUCAUUCCUAAAUCUUUCUGGGAAAACAACUGCAAGAUCAUUUAUUUGGCUCGAAAUGCAAAGGAUGUUGCUGUCUCAUUUUACCACUUUGACUUAAUGAAUAAUUUGCAGCCUCUUCCUGGAACCUGGGGAGAAUAUCUAGAGAAAUUCUUGACUGGAAAUGUGGCCUAUGGUUCCUGGUUUAAUCAUGUUAAAAGCUGGUGGAAGAAAAAGGAAGAACACCCGAUACUUUUCUUAUUCUAUGAAGAUAUGAAAGAGAAUCCAAAGCAAGAAAUCAAGAAGGUUAUUCAAUUUCUAGAGAAAAACCUGGAUGAUGAGAUCUUGGAUAAGAUAAUCCAUCACACAUCAUUUGAAAUGAUGAAGGACAACCCUCUAGUGAAUUAUACACAUCUACCAAGUGAAGUGAUGGACCACAGCAAGUCCUCAUUUAUGCGCAAAGGGAUUGCAGGUGACUGGAAGAAUUAUUUCACAGUGGCCCAAAAUGAGAAAUUUGAUGCCAUUUAUAAGAAGGAAAUGUCUGAGACUGAACUUCAGUUCCGUACAGAGAUAUGAGGAACCUAAAUUGAAAAUCUGAAGAAAGAAGUCUGAUCUGCAGUUUGGUGAAAUAAGGACAGUUAGGAUUUAAUUUGGACAAUUGAAUGGUUUUAUAAAGAAAAAAAAAGUGCUUCUAAGCGUUGAUUUUUCAAUCUGGUUGAUCAUUCACUCUGAGAGUCCCUAAAACUAGGACAAACUGUCACCUUUUCAGAAAUGUUGUUUCUAUACCUAAUUUCUGUUUAUCCAAAUUCCUAAAUUCUGAGUAUGUAAUUUUCAAGUCUCCAAAGAUGAAAGAUCAUCAUUAGUCUCCCUACGGCUAUUCCCUGGGAAUAGGAGCUCUGCUCUGAGCACCUAAGCUGAGGACAGGAACUUACUUCCUAUGGAGAGUCCUUCCAGAAUUCAACAGCUUCCUGUGAUUCCUGAGAAUUUCCUAUUGCCAGGAUAUGGUUACAUUUGGGAGCAUCUUGGUUUCUUCAUCUUGUAUCUGAACAGAUGUAGAUCCCUUAAUAAUAGUUUCAAUAUUUCAUAUACAAUCUGGUGCCUACAAGAGAUUCUCUAGGCUGAAUCUCCACUACACGUUCCCAACCCAAUGUCUUUUCUACCCAUUUUUCUACUCUUAGGUCUAUCUAUUGGUCUCUUUGAUGGAUUUUUCCUUGGAAUAUAAGUCUUUUAGUAAGUAUGUAUAAGUUUUAAGGUAAACUUUUGCCAGAGAUGUCUCAUUACAAGAGAUCUCUUAUAUCUAAGAGAUAUAUUAGCAUUAUUUUAUUUUUAAUUGAACAUAGUUGAUUUACAAUAUUAUGUUGGUUUCAGAAGUAUAGCAUUGUGAGUCAAUUGUUUUUAAUAGACUGUACCCUGUUUAAAGCUAUUACAAAAUAAAGACUAUGUCUCUCUGUGCUGUGCAAUACAAA